AUGUGUCAAGUUUUCCAUAGUGUGGGUGCUUUUAUAGCAGCCUUAGUGGUCGUAUCCUUCAUCAGCCAGACUAACCAGAACUAUUUAAGCCAACAUUUGGGUGUUUUAAACAGCAAAGACCAGAGAUAUUAUGAAGCUAUACUGAAUCAUAUACAAAAGGAGAAGAGAUUUGAUGCAAUGCUUUUGGUAAAGGAUCAAAAAUAUUAUGAUGGAAAUUUGGAAAUUUUCUACAAAUACCAAAACGCCGAUAUACCCAAACUGCUUAUGGCCAAGUAUCAGGAAUUGCAGUAUGUGCAACAUUUCAAUUCUGAAAUUCUAACUGUGGUAAUACUAAGAGACAUUGAUAACUGUGUUUUGUUAUCUGUGGCAGCCAAAAUCUUGAACAAUAUGCGCCAUAGCAGAAUUUUAUUGUUGGCCUUAACAUACCCACCGGGGAAUGGCCAACUUGGAGAAGAGAUUUUGUCUAUAUGUGAAAAAUAUAAAAUGACCAAUGUCAUACUCAGCUUUUAUGAUGGGGGCCUUAUCAACUCUACAAAGUCAGGGGAUGUCUACUACAUGCUCAAGCCUUAUCCCUUGUAUCAUUGGCAAUUAAGGAAUUUGCCAACUCAGCAUCAUCAACAAAAUGACUUUAAAUUAUUUCCUCGCCAUUGGCUAGAUAUGGGCAACAAAACAUUGUUAACCUAUCCUGAUCAAUUUCCUCCCAAUUCUUUAGUUUUUCCUGACAAUCAGGGUCAACUGCAGAUAGCUGGCAAUAUUGGUCAUUUGGUUAAACUCUUUGCCCAAUACUACCAUGCCCAUUUGGAGAUGUAUCAACCCCUGGAAUUGGGUAACACCAAGCAUUUCAAAGUUAUAGCCAAAAUGGUUGAAGCUGGACUCUUGGAUAUUCCCAUGUCUUUAAAUGCCGGCUCCCUUCAAUCAUGGCAGAACAUGUCUGAUGCCAUUGAGGUGAAUGAGCUGCGUGUAAUGGUACCCAUAGCCCGGCAAUUAACCAUGGGGGAGGUAUUUGCUGACCUGCUACUCAAUGGCUACUUCUUUGCCUUAAUCCUUAUGGGCUCCUUGAUUUUAUCAGCCCUACAUGCCUUUAUCGAUUAUCUAUUUGAGGGCAUUUGGCAUUGUUUGGAUUCUAUUAUCAAUUGUCAUGUCUUGCCCGGAGUUUUGGGGCAAGCAUUUUAUGCCCCCUUACGCUUGAAAUACCUUCAAGGACUAAGGAUUUUUUACUGUUUCAUAAGCCUUGCUGGCCUUUAUGCAGCCACACGUUUCUCUUCUGAAGUUAAUAGUCAUUUGGCCUUGCCGCCUCAUCACCAGGAGAUUAAAACCUACCAAGACCUUGAGCAGACAUCGGUGAAAAUUAUCCUAGAGCCCUCCGAUGUUGCCCUUUUACACGAAUGGAUUAACAAGAACCGAAACAUAGUCAGCUUUGCCCAUAGCAUGGAACAAUUUUUGAGUUUGCGUCAAAAUCUAAAUACUUCAUAUGGUUAUUUCAUACUAACCGACAUCUGGAAUAUCUACGAUCGCAGACAGCAAUAUUUUCAACGAAAAGUUUUCCAUACACCCCCUGGUUUGGUAUUGGAGCAGAUGUUAAUGUGGGGCAUUAAUUUGCAGCAGAAUUCACCGUACAAAGAACCCCUCAAUCAUCUCAUACACAUUGUCCAUGAUGCGGGUUUAUUGCAAGCUUGGCAGGCGCAAACCUAUAGGGACAUGUGUCGUCUACAACAGGUGCCAUUGCAUGAUCCGAAUCCCCAGAAGAGAUCAAGAAUUCUAAAGGUGGAAGAUUUUCUUUGGCUUUGGAUACUGGUGGCAUGUGGAUGGGGUUUAAGCUGUAUGGUGCUACUAAUGGAGUUGCUUUUAGAUGUUGGCCUUAAGAAACGUAAAACUAAGGAAACAAGAAAAAUGUUUUUGAGAUAG